GAACUAAUAGUUGGCUUGCGAAUGCAACUGAUGUGCUUUCUUGUAUGCUUUCUGCCAUGCCCUGCAGAUGCUUGAAACUUCCUGAGAAAAGGAUUUUGCCACCAAAAGAGCCACCAAAAGAUGCGAGGGGUGUAAAGCAUGACAAAGAAAGCGGUUCGCAUGCGAGUAAUGUGAUCCCCCACAUAUGAAACUUAGAAAGGAGCUCAAGCCCUCAGCCAUGGACCCUGCCUCAGGAGCGGACACGGCCAGGCUGCUGGAAGAGCAGGAUUCAGAAUCAAAUGCUCAUCUGACGUCUUCUGACGGCGUCCAGUCGUCGCGUGAGACCAAUGAAGGUGCUCCACUCCGUAGCCCUGCGGAUAAGCAAUGGAGCCCUUAUAAGCGGGACUUGCACAUGCUGAGCUUCUCGUUCUUGCUGGUCUUCUCUGCAUUCGGAGCGACGCAGAACCUGGAGAGCAGCCUCAAUACGGACCAAGGCCUGGGCCCCAUCUCCAUGGGUGUGCUCUACUGCUUCCUCACAGUGUGUUCCUUUCUGGCGCCCCUCUUUGUCCACUGGCUAGGAGCAAAGAACGCUCUUCUCCUGGGGCUGACCGGCUACUGGGCUUUUGUGGCUGCCAAUCUGGUCCCAACAUGGUUCACUUUGGUCCCUGCAUCUGCGUACCUAGGCUUCACUGCGUCCAUUCUCUGGGUGGCUGAGGGAACGUACUUGACAUCCGCAGCGCGCGCCCAUUCUGCUUCGUGCGGCAGCCCGGAGGAAUCCACGAUAGGCGAGUUCAACGGAGUGUUCUGGGCAGUCUUCGCAAGUAAUCAGGUUGUGGGUAAUCUGCUGGCUCUGUUCCUCCUUCGAAACGGUCGGUCCGACCCCGCGCAUCCUGGCCACGUCGACAAGUUCGCCACGACUCUCCUCUUCGCCGUCUUCCUCGCCUGCAUGUCCGUUGGGACCGUUGCGGCGUGCUUCCUGCGCCCCGAAGCCAAGGGGGCACGUGAUCUGGGAGCGGAUGAUCCCCCCGUGAGCAUCCGGUCGAAUCUACGGUCCACGAUGGCCCUGCUGGGCGAUCGACGGCUGCUGCUCCUCCUGGCGUUGAUGGUGUACUCGGGGCUGCAGCAGGCGUUCAUUUGGUCCGACUUCACGAAAGACGUUGUAACCCCGGCACUCGGGGUCUCCUGGGUCGGGGGCGUCAUGGCCGUCUUCGGAGCGUCAGAUGCGCUGGCCUCCUAUUUCGCCGGUAAGCUCUCCUCCGGCAUGCACUCCAUCACGUUUCUCGUGUCAGGGGGUGCCGCGGCGCAGCUCCUCGUGCUCAUCGCGCUGCUCGUCAAGUCCAGCUUUGGAUCGUCAAGUACGGACUACGCUUCGUUAUUCACGGCGGCUUUCCUGUGGGGUUUGGGGGACGCCGUCUUCAACACGCAGAUCAGCGCAAUCCUAGGGAUCUGCUUUCCGGAUGACACGGCAUCCGGUUUUGCGCAGUGGAAGAUCUGGCAGAGUGCUGCUACGUCAGCCGCAUGUUUUGCGACGCCAUAUCUUGGCAUUGGAACAAAGCUGUGCAUAUUAGCAGGUGUGUUAACAGUAGGUAUGGGAGGGUUUUUGCUAGUCACUUUGUCAACGAGAAGACUUGCAGUACCCAAAGAGAGGUAAUUAACGUUAGGUAACUGGUUGAUCAAGUACGCAUGCGUUGCACGGAACUUAAUUAGAGGUUGCUAAAAAGAAAUGCAGCAAGUGCGGCAUGCAUGAAUGAGCGUCUGCUUCUUUGAAUGCCUCCAUCUUGGACGGUGUGCAUGCUUUGCAACACAGGUCGACCUCAAUUACGCCCU